AAGAAAACCGGACCGACUGCGAUUGGGAAUUAUUGGGAAUUCUCGUUUUUAGUCUACACUGAAAGCCCCAGAGCAACGGACGUGAAAUCGUGUAUUUUUGUGGGCUGUGUAUUGUAUCGUCGAGCGUCGGUAAAACUGAACGUAAAGCGAGAGAACUGAACGAAUGAGCCAAUUUGAAUAGCUAGUGAAUGGGAAACGGCCAAAUAAAUCAACUUGAAGUUAAUUAAAACAAAUAAAAUGAAUUUAAGAUUCUGGCUGUCUUAAGUUCUGGCAAAACCAUAAAGAACUCUAUGAUCCUUUGCUAAAUCAAAUUCAAAUCCCAACUAAUUGAAAUAACCCACGAAAGUCGUAGGCAAUGUGGAGUUAUUAAACCAUCUGACCUAAACAUCAUGGUGAAGAUCGAGGAAGGUCUGCCGUCCAGCGAGAUCAGCGCCCACAGUCACCACUUUCAGCACCACCACCACCCACUGCCGCCACCCACCCACCAUUCCGCGCUCCAAACUUCCCAUCCCGUCGGUCUGAAUCUCACCAAUCUGAUGAAAAUGGCCAGGACACCCCAUUUGAAGUCCAGCUUUUCCAUCAACGCCAUUCUACCCGAGACUGUGGAGCAUCACGACGAUGAUGAGGACGAGGAUGUGGAGAAGAAGUCGCCAGCAAAAUUUCCGCCCAACCAUAAUAAUAACAACCUGAAUCCCACGAAUUGGGGCUCGUCGGAGGAUCAUGAGGCGGAAAGUGAUCCCGAAUCGGAUCUCGAUGUGACCUCCAUGUCGCCGGCUCCCGCUGCGAAUCCCAACGAAAGCGAUCCGGAUGAAGUCGACGAGGAGUUCGUGGAGGAGGACAUCGAAUGUGAUGGUGAGACAACCGAUGGCGAUGCGGAAAAUAAAUCGAACGACGGCAAGCCGGUGAAGGAUAAAAAGGGCAACGAAAAGCCACCGUACAGCUACAAUGCCCUGAUCAUGAUGGCCAUUCGCCAGAGCUCCGAGAAGCGUCUAACUCUGAAUGGCAUCUACGAGUACAUCAUGACCAAUCAUCCCUACUACCGGGACAACAAACAGGGCUGGCAGAACUCCAUAAGGCACAACCUGAGCCUGAACAAGUGCUUCGUGAAGGUGCCCCGACACUAUGAUGAUCCCGGCAAGGGCAACUACUGGAUGUUGGAUCCCUCGGCGGAAGAUGUAUUCAUCGGCGGAUCGACGGGGAAGCUGAGAAGGAGAACCACAGCCGCCUCACGCUCCCGCCUGGCCGCCUUCAAGAGAUCCCUGAUAGGACCCAUGUUCCCGGGACUGGCUGCCUAUCCCCAGUUUGGCCAAUUUCUCACCUAUCCCCCGACGGCGCCCAGUCUGCUGGCCAGCAUGUACCAGCGUUACAAUCCCUUUGCCCCGAAAGGUGGACCAGGACAUCCGGGCUUGCCACCGGGCUUGCCGGGACUGCCCGGACCGCCGGGCCCUCAAGGACCGCCGGGACCCCCGCCGCCGCCCUUCGUUGCACCACCCACGAGCAGUGAGCUCUACCAGCGAUUGCAGUACCAACAGCUGUUGCACCAACAUGCGGCAGCCGCCGCACUGGCGGCUCAUCAAAGGCAACUGUCGGUAGCGGCUGCAUCGGCGGCGUCCCAACCACCGCCCAAUCCCCAUCACCACCCACACCUGGCGGUGGGUCAGGCGCCCCAUUCGCCCGGCGGGGAUUCCCCCGGACCCUCGCCACAGCCCCUCAUCAAACCCGUCACCGUGGUCUCACGCAACAGCUGAAGAUUCUGGACAGAAGAGUCCUUCGAUUCAGCAUCUGUAGCUCAUAAGUAUUCACUGUACAUAGAUAUAGCCGCGACUGAGGCGCUAGACGCUUGUAAAUAGUUGAGAACUGGGGGAAAUACGAAAUACGAAAACUAAAGAACGAACCUAAAUUAAAACCAAAUUCGGUUAGCCGGAUUUUGAGGAAGCCUUUGCAGAGCUUGUGAAAAUACUAGGGUUAUUAUAAUCGAUCGGUAUGAAAACAUAUUUUUAUUGUAUUUCUAGGAUUAAAGUUCUAAAUCAAAAUUAAAUAUGAAAAUAGCUUUUGUCUCUUCUGUCUAAAUGAGAAUAUAAUUCAAGUAAUAUAACUCCUUAUUAAUAUCAAUAAAUGUAUUGUUACGUUACGAUAAAAUCCCAUCCAAUACUGAUCUAUAGCAGCAUGAAAAUGUUAAAAAACCCGAUUUGAAAUACCUCUGCAAAGGCUUUUCCCAGCGAGUGUUUCAGAGUUGGUAACUUGUUGUCACAUAUCCGCGAUAUAUGUAAUAUGAUUAACGAUACUUAAGCGCUGCAGCAAAGAACUAAGCACCAUUUAAUUUAUAUAUUAAUGUACAUUUAGACACCGAACGAAGCGAAGAUAAUAAUUGAAAUAAAAAUUCA